AUGACUGUUACGAGCAACGGGAACCGAUCUUUUAAACAAGCUCUACUCAGAUCUAGGUUUAAUGAGGUGGGUUAUGAAAAGAAUUUCGAUUGUGAUGUGGAAGAUAUCUCUUCUAAUGACGAGGACAACACCACAGACAUAACAAUGACUAAAGGUUUACAGGAUGGUAGUGAAAUAAAUGGAGGAAUCCCCAAUAUCAGACUCCCUGCGGCACUUCUAAAGAAGAUCAGGGAACCGUGGAAGAAGUGUUUGAUUGUGAGGCUACUUGGGAAAACCAUAGGAUACAAACUAUUCAUGGCAAAAAUGACAAAAAUUUGGAGCCUCCAAGCAGAUUUUGAAGCUCUGGACAUUGGGAAUGGGUUUUUCAUUGUGAAAUUUGACAUGAUGGAUGAUUACACAAAGGUUUACACUAGUGGCCCGUGGAUUGUAAUGGACCAUUAUGUUACUGUGAGAAAAUGGCAACAAGAUUUUAAAUCUGAUGAUGCUGAGGAGGACACAACAACGAUUUGGGUUCGAUUCCCCAAUCUACCCAUAGAAUACUACAAUGAAAAAGUAUUAUACCACACAGCUAAGUCUCUGGGAAACCCACUAAAGGUUGACAUCAACACAGCCAUGGCAGCUCGAGGGAAGUAUACUCGAGUGUGUGUUGAAAUUGAUCUGCGGCAACCACUGAUUUCACACUUCACCAUCAGUAAGUAUACCUAUGGAGUUGAAUAUGAACAUCUUCAUUCACUUUGUUUUUAUAGUGGCAAGGUAGGUCAUCAGAAAGAGAUCUGUAGUGAUCACCCGCAGCCGCCGCCGAUGGAGGAACAGUCUUAG